AUGGAGGGGGUGCACACAUCCGAGCGGAGGUUCUCACGAAUAGACAGAGUGUUGGAGGCGUUGCAGAACAGGCAGCAGCGCCCCCCCCAGCCGAAAGAGAAGAAGGCACCCCUCUCGUCCUCUUCCUCCUCUUCCUCCUCGGAAGAUGAGCUGGACACUCAUGCCGGCGUGCCCACGAAAGAAGAAUCCGUGCGGAGCCUUGAGCAGAACGCUGCCACGAUGGUGGCCAUGGCUGAGAUGGCCAAGCUGCGCGUCAAAGCCGCGGGUACGUCGAUUCCUUCCAAGGCGUCGAUACCCGAGGAAUGGACUCGGAAGCAGUCGCCGAUUCCGUCGCCGACCCGCCCCGAGCGUCGUCCACGCGACCCGCUCACGUUUUCCGACGACGAGCUCAUCACCGAGCUACGUAGGCUACGUGCGAGGCUUAGAAGGGAUCCGGAGAACGUCAAGUUCGCCUUCCAGCGCCGGAUAGGCAGGAGAGCUCUGACGACUGCGUUGUUGAAAGACGUAGAGGACGCGGCCGCAACAAUCAUCGCCGCUCACUGGCGCGCAAGGGAGGUUCGCGUCGGGAUGCCAGCCUGGCGCGUAGCGGUAGCGCAUAGAGACGAUGUAGUCUGGGAGAGGCUGCAAGGCGCGCUCAUACGAUGGCGUAAAUUGGCGGCUACGAGAAGGAAACUGAGGAUCGCUGCAAGAUCCCUUCGUCUCAGGCGCGGCGACCGGGCGCACUAUUACAUCGGAGACGGAUACGUAGACUACGAUGGCGACUGCAGAGCGUGGGAGGCACACGAAAUAGAUGGCGUGGCGGGAGUUGCGGACGCGUUCAGGAGAUGGAGGUUCGUGGCGUGGUCGUUCGUGAGGUGGAGAGAGUGGUGCGUAUUCGAGGCUGAGAAGGCUUCCUCGAGUUUGGUGGUGAAGAGCAACGGGCAGAAACGCGUGGCUCAAGACAGCGAAAGUUCGGUGUCGUCGGAUGAGCCGUCUCGUGGCCACGACGACUUUGCUGGAUUCUCGUCGGAUGAUGACUCUUUCUUUUGGUAG